AAAGCACCCGACAUUUGACAUUUGGCAACAACAAAUACGCAGUACAACACAGAAGAACAUCCUCCAUUUCCUCCCAAUUCGUUGUUGUGCUCAAAACUGAACCUCCCAAUUUGAGGGAGAAGAUGGCGAUGAGCAUGACUACAGGAGGGACUUCUCAAGGAUACCACAAUGUUUUCGUUUAUGGUAGUCUUUUGGCUGAUGAAGUCGUUCAAGUCUUACUCAAUCGUGUCCCUUCCUCUACUCCUGCUACCCUCCCUGAUUUUCAGCGAUUUAGCAUCAAAGGUCGAGUUUAUCCAGCAAUUUUGCCUGUUGAGAACAAGAAAGUGCUUGGCAGGGUUUUGAAGGGCGUCACAAACCUUGAGUUGGAUAUUCUGGAUAUAUUUGAGGAUAUUGAGUAUGUUAGAGAUACAGUAGAAGUCACUCUUGUGGACAACUUGGGGAAGUUGCAGACAUAUGCAUAUGUAUGGAAUAAUAAAAACGAUCCAGACCUGUAUGGAGAUUGGGAUUUUGAGAAAUGGAAAUCUGCUCAUAUGAAGGAUUUUAUCGAGAUGACUAAGGAAUUCGUGGAAGAACUUGAGCUUCCUGAAUCAAAAUCAAGAGUGGAGACAUAUAAUUCCUUUUACCAAUCCGUUGAUGGCGGGAAAUCAUCCAUGCCCUGAUCUGCCAUUGGUUCAAGCCUGUGUUCUGCUUCACAGCUUCGCCAUCUUCUCUUAGUAUUGCUGCUCUGUACAGUAAUUAUCUUCAUGAUCCUCUUGUACUGCCAUCAGCUCUCCAGUUCUUGUCAUUUAUCGUCAGAAUUCCAUCACAGAAUGGUAGAGCUAUGGUUUCUAAUUGAACAUGAAACUGCUGGAACUUAUUCAAUGGUGUAACAUUUACUUGGCAUUGAUGGAAUUUGGUUAAUUGUAGCAAAUGAGCUCAUGAUCAUAUAUAUUAUAGCAAUGCCAAUCAGACUGCAGAUAUUCCUUAUUAGGCAGGUCAUUCUAUCUAAUAGAGCUUCUAAGCUGGCUAUAUUUUGUAGUUGCUAUUUUAC